AUGCGCGCGCUGGAGUCCGAGCGCGAGCCAAUCAGCGCGCGCGGCAGAUUCCUUCUUUCCUUUUUCACAAAAGUCGGAAAAUACGAAUUUCCGCAGCGAGAAAAGGCGAAAAUGACAGAGAUUUCUCAAGAAGAACAAAAACCAAAGCCAGUUGGACUGCUUCUUGCCUUUUUAUCUGCUAUUUUCUUCAGUUUCAACGGCGUAAUAAUCAAGCAACUGUCCGUUUCUCCGAUUCAAGCCGUUUUCUGGCGCUGCACAAACAUGCUUCCGGAGCGAUUUCUCUGGCUUUGCUUCAGAGGCACCAUUGGAAGUAUUAGCAUGGCCACGAUUUUCACGAGUUUCAAAAUGCUUCCGAUCGGCGAUUGCUUCGCCUUGAUCAACACUGGCGUCGUCUGGUCGACUCUGAUCGCUUGGCUCUGGCUGGGCGACAAACCCCACUUGGUCGAUCUUCUUUCUUUGCCGGUUUCGCUGCUGGGCAUUGUCGUCUUCAGCAAGCCUUCCUUCAUUUUCGCGGAAGAAAGCGACGUCAACACGGUCGGAGUCAUCAUCGCAGUCGCUGGAGCAAUCGGAGCUGCUAUUGCCCACACGACAGUGCGCAAGCUCGGCAAAAGUGUUCAUUUCACCGUCUCGAUCACUUAUUUUUCCUUCUUUGGCGCGAUUUUAUCAGCUGCGUACAUCUUGCUUCUGGAGAGCGACCAGCUGCCCUGCUCCAGCGACAUUCCGUGGCUGCUCUUUAUCGGUCCAAACGGCCUCCUCGGACUGAGCUGCUUGACAAUGGCGUUGCAGCGAGAGAAGCCCGGCCGUGUGACGAUCAUGCGCUCGCUCGAAAUCCCCAUCGCCUAUUCUUUCCAAAUCUUCAUCUUCGACGAAACACCCGACGCGCUAACCAUCGCCGGCGUUUUGCUCAUCAUGGCGGGCGGCUUCAUGGUCACCAUUAGAAAACUGCUCAAAAAGUAG